UGCAAAGACAGUGCUGGCUGGGACUGGUGGAAUACUGACUUCCUCAGAACAUAGCCAUGUCCCUGGCCUUCCCACAUCUGCUCCCUCCCCUGGUGAGAGGGGCCUUUUGUCUUGGGGACCUGUCCCAGACCCUUCCAGGCUCUCAGUUCUCCAGGAUCAGAAGGUCUGCCAGAGGCACAGAUAAUGAGGGGCCAUGAAGGCCACUAAGCAUGGAGCCCCUCACUCUAUCCAACUAUGGGAAGAGUUGGUCAGGUUCACAGGACUGGCAGCCCAGGGCUGAAGUGCCCCUGUACCCUUUUUCUUAUUAUCUCUUUGUUCUGACAGUAAAUGAGCUGGUCCCUGGAGGCCUAGGUGACAUCUCCUUGCUAUCUGCCAACUGGAGGUUGCUGGGCCCUUCCACUUCAGGAGCCCAGCACUCCUCGUUGAAGGCAUAGCACUAACACAGGUAGAAGCAGUACCCCCCCCCCAAAAAAAAUCCAAAGAUGUGAUAAUGUUGGGUGAAGGGAGCUAAGACUGAGUGACUGUCCCAUCCCUCUGUCUCCGACCUUGUACCUUCCCCAGUGCCCAUGGAUGCAUGAUGGCCCCGAUUGUCCUUGGCUUUAUGCUCACGCAGGGAAUGUGCAUCCUAGAGGGACAGUUUUGUAGCUGCGUUGUGACAUUGCCCAUAGAUGAGACCAUGUGCCUUCCAUAACUUGCUCUUGCCCCCUUUUCUGCUCCCCUCGUGUCACUGUGUCCUAAUUUAUAAAUCAGUGACAUUUUUUAAAAAGAUUUAUUAAUUUAUUAUAUAUGAGUACACUGUAGCUGUCUUCAGACACACCAGAAGAGGGCAUCGGAUCUCUUUACAGAUGGUUGUGAGCCACCAUGUGGUUGCUGGGAAUUGAACUCAGGACCUCUGGAAGAGCAGUCAGUGCUCUUAACCACUGAGCCAUCUCUCCAGCCCCAGUGACAUUUUUUUUAAAACGACAGUGCCCAGGCUACAUGCCAUGUGUGUGGUAAGCCACGUGCCCUCACCUAGAAAGUUCUGCCAUUUUGGAUUCUUUGCAACACAGGGAGCCUUGUGCUUGGGCUAGAAGCCCUUGGGCCUCCCUGACCACCACGGUUGUAUAGACUUGUGGGUGAGUAGCUCAUCCAGGCCCCAUUGUCCUAGAGAGUCAGGCCAAGAAGGCCAUGCUGGGGGGAGUCGAACUGUUUCUAGGGCAGAAAUUAUUUUAAUGUCCACUGAGUACAGGGCACUGCAGCUACCUGCCCAGGAGGGUUAUCUGAUGCAGGACCGGAAGCUGUUACUCUGUCAGCAGAGACAGACAGCUGCUGUGAAGCAUACAAAGACUCCUUGACAGACUCACUCCUCACCAGGCUGGGCUGACCUACUCAGGACAGUCCUUCACCAUGAAUAAACAUGCCCCUUUCUUCUCAAACAAAUCGGAAAGUAAGGUUGAGUGCUCCUGAGAACACAGUGCCCGCCAAGGCUGCAGUGAAGACCGUCUGUGAGCUUCACACUGCAGAGUGACAGAGAAGGACGCUCCAGACCCCAAGGACAAGGGGGGCUCUGUAAGACCAGGGUCCCUGCAGAGGGAAGGCGGGAGGCAUGGGACCUUGAGCACGGUGCCGGCUGUCUGACCUCUUUUCCUAUAGUGGCCCUCCAGCCUUCCAUCCCUCCUGCCCAUCCUCUCACACGCAAGCACGCAAACCAAGCUGUUCUGGAUCUGGCCUAAUGGAGCUUAGCUGGCUGUGCAGAUUGCUCUGGGGGCAGGCAGGCGGGGCUGGAGCAGCUCAAAUGCUAAUCCUCUGGUCUCAAGUAUGGCCUAGCAGGGAGGCCUUGUUGAAACCCUCGUCUUGAUUGGGGGCUACCCUGACAAUGGAGGCCAAGAAGCAGCCACACAUGAAGACUCCCCACCCCUCACCCCAGCUAGCGUGGCCACACUACCUAUUGGAAUGAGAGUGUGGGGCUGUCUCACUGGGUUAGGGACUGCAAAGCUCACUGCUCCCGCCACCUUGCUUUUCUGAUGGCACCCUUCCCUGGUCCCUCUUGUGCAGGUUGACCCUGUUGCAGGUGAUACUCAGAAACCCUGCCCGGGAGCUGAGCACAUGUCAGGAGGACUUAAGGCCCUGCUGUUGCUAUCCCAGAAGGGUCUUCGUAAAUCCAAUAAGUGUUGUGACAGAUGGAGAAACUGAGACCCAAAGAGGGGCAGUCAUAGUCGAAUCAGGGCAGAUCAUGUCCCUCAGACACGAGUCAGUAGGAUUGGGUGAGGACUGUAAGCCAACAUGCGGGCCGUGUCAAGCUGGGUGUUCAUAAAGGCUGGGGUCUGAGGGUACUGGGCCACACUGGGCCAUACCAUCCUGCACCACGUAGUUCCACAAUGAGGAAUUGUAUUCCAUCUAGCGACUCAGCUGGGACUAUCACCCAUGGGAGCCAACAGCUUGUUAAGUUAACCAAACAAGCAGCAAGAGACUCUUCCCUGAGAGACUUCGCAGAAGUGACAGUGGCCACCCAACCAGCAGGGUCCUGUAGCUUCACCUCUGCUAGGACAAGGGACCGUGGCAAAUGACAAGCUGUCUCGGCAUGCGUCUCUUCCCCCUGGUUCCCUUUGAGUGAAGAAAGGCAGGCCCAACAUGUGCAUUCAGAAGAGCUACUCUGCUCUAAUGAGGGACCCUACUCCCUGGUUUGCACCCUUUCCCCAGCCCCACCUCCUGCCCACCCUGAGCAGGCCCCAGGUGGGACGGCUGCUUCAGCACCACGGACAGCGACCGCCAAUGCCUUCGGUUCUGCGGCCUCAUCUGCAGGUUCAGGGAAGGCUGCAUUGAGGGGGUUUUUAUUUGUGGUGCAUUAGAGACCACAUAGCUGUGACCUGAAGACCCUUCUGUGGACUCUGGUCAUGGGCCCAGUGUGGGGUUUCCUGUACAGGUGAGAAGGAGAAGGGACCUUGCCGUGGGGUAGCCGCGUCCAUAGCAGAUACCCCAGAGAUCCUAGAGGCUUCUUUACCUAAUGUUUUGACAUCUCCAUGGCAGGGCCUUCCCUUUGCUGGGUGCUGACUGCGAUUCUGGCCCCAUGGUGUGGGGCAGAGUGGGAAGGCACUUGAGCCCCUCCAAAGUGAGCAGACUUGGAGAGGUGGCCAGGCAAAUGGUGGGGAUGCUUGGAGCUUGAAGUGGGGCCCCAACAAGGUAGCUACCGUGUGUGUUUGAUGGUCUCUAGCCACAGGGCUCUCUGCCCUCCAGGGGGAUCUUCUGGGACCUCCUGUUCAGUCACUCCCCUUGCUUCUCGGACCUUUGCUGCUUGCUAAGCCUCAGAGCGGGGUGGGCCUUUGCUGUCUGAGUGAGAGACUCCCGAAAGGAGGGACCAGAUUAGCCCACUUGGCUGGGUUCAGGCCCUGGACUGCACCAGCACCACCUCCUGCCCACAUAUCUGUUUGGUUUCCUCUAACCCCCAUGCAAAUUGAUUCUAAUUUGUAGACGUCAGUUCAAAGCCUGCAGGAAUUUUAAUUAAACCCAGAAAAUCUAUCUGUUGUAAUUAAGCCUCUAGAAGUCACCCGGCUCCACGUGUUAUGACCACUUGGUGCCGCCUGUCCUUAGCAGCCCACAGAACAUGACCGGGGGCAGCCUGACACGUGAGGUAUAUCCUUGCUCUUGUAGGAAGCUGAAAUUUCCCACUUAGGCAGAUCUGUGCCUGGGAGAGACCAGCCCUGGACCCUGGCCUGAUCUAUUUCCCUACUAGUUUUUUUUUUGGGGGGGGUCCUGGUAGGCCUCCUGCAUGUUUCCCCUGCUCUAAAGAUGCCCUUGGCUGCCUCUUGUCCAGAAGCAGCAAUCACUCAGGGAAGGUACCCCAACCAAGAAGGUAUCCGUCUUGGUGGGAGCUGUAUGUGAAGGUAACAGCUGGGGCCUGGAAUUCCACAGUCAACCUAAGGUUCUAGAGAGUCCAGGCAAGCCAGCUUCAGGAGACUGUAGCCCCUUUAUCAGAGUCUGUGAGUGGGUAUAUGUGGCCCAAGCCUGAGAGCAACUAAAUGGUGGGCAAAGAAGUCCAGAAGCAGGCUGCAGUCCUGGGCGUCUGAGUAGGCGGGGUAACCAGGAUGAGCUAGGAAGCCUAUCUCCACUUGAUGGCCUCUUCCAGAAAUAGGGCAGGCAGAGCUCAGAGUGGUCAGGGUAGUAAGGCCUUGUACUGUCAAGAGAGGGACACUUACCCCCUCCACUGGCAGACAGGCGAGGAAGGACAUGACAUCUGGUAGACUCAGAGUCCAGUUACGCUUGGGAGCCAUUCAUGUUAGUUUGGUAUGCCCUACUGGUGACCUGACCUCCCUUGCCCAGUGAAACAGAGGGAUCCUGUCCCCCACCCCCCACUCCGGCUUUGUGUUUCUUCCCCAAGCCCGCUCCCAUCUCACCCAGGUAAGCAAGACCCCCUCAACUUGGUAAUUAAAGUCUACCACUGACCCACAUGACAGUGCACACCAGAACCACAGUAAGGCCACCCUAGAAUGCCCACCCCUUUGUCAUCUCUUGUCUGUCCACAUGGAGAAUAGCACGGAGUGGUGGGAAUGAGCUCGGCAAAGCCGGGAAUUGCCUGGCGUCGGGUGUGCAGAAGCCACUCGGGGCUACAGGCUCUCAAGCCAGUUGUGUGGACAAGUACCAGGGGUGAGAUCUCGACAGUCUCGGCCUGGGAGCCGCGCUGCCUGUCAGAGGCAGGCCAGUGCUGCACUAGCAGGAGGCUGAUUUUUGUUUUCCACAGCCCCAUUGUGGCAAAGGCGCUUGUUACUGCUGAACCCAUUAAGUGUAAUUAUGACGCUCUCGGCAGGAGCCUGUAAUUACCUCAGUGGCUUGGCACCACUGAGCACACCGCCUAUGUGGGCUACGGGGCCCAGCUCCGUGGGUAUGAGAGGGGUCAGGGUCAGGACUGCAAGAAGGGCAUUCAGAAAGUGGCCUAGCCCUCCCCUUCUUCCCCUGCUCCCAGGUAGCCCCAUGGAUGGGAUAGUACAGCCCUGCCCUUCAUACCGAUGCCUCCCAGCUUCUUCUAUCCCUAGACCUCUGACAGGUUCCGUGGAUGGUGACCACCAACCACACCAACACCAGCCGAUGUUCACAGGCUGAGCUGAUAGUGCUGCUGAUGGGGUGGACACAUGCUGGGUGGGGCUCUGUGCUACUGUUCUCAAGGGCACUUCGUGGAUCGGAAAUCCGUGCAGACUCAGAGGCACAUGACCUGUUCAAGGUCACCUUCGGGAGGUUUCAUUUCUCCCUACCACACAUGUUCUUAAGCUCCUGGGUCCUUCCAGCUAAGCUUGGGCCUUUCUUUCAUGCCCUGUAUACAGAGUUUGCCCCUCACUGAGGCUACCAGGCUCCAGUGUGUUUGACGUCCUCACCUGGGCCCCCACAUGUGACACUGCUAGCUCGUGGAGAUAUUUCCAGGGCCAUCUCAGAAGGAAGCGGGGUCAAGAGAACAGUGAUUAUCCUUCCAGGGAGAACUCGGGACUCUGGAGAGCCAGAGGGGCCAGCGUGGUGCCGUGGCGCCACCUGGUGGUCAUAUUCUGGUGUCGUUGCCUGCACCGUGGACUUGGGGCUGAAACCUUGCCCCCAGGCUUGGGAGAGGGUCCACCCCAUUCACUGACUGCACUUGUGUGAGCGGGAGCUCUCCUGGGGGCAGGCAGAGCAGGGACUGUCUACUGCACGGCCCUUAACACACAGCCCGCAGGUGGUUCGAGCACAUCAGCAUGCUGGUCAUCAUGCUGAACUGCGUGACACUGGGCAUGUUCAGGCCCUGUGAGGAUGUUGAGUGCCGCUCCGAACGUUGCAGCAUCUUGGAGGCCUUCGACGACUUCAUCUUUGCCUUCUUCGCCGUGGAGAUGGUGAUCAAGAUGGUGGCUUUGGGGCUGUUUGGGCAAAAAUGCUACCUGGGUGACACCUGGAACAGGCUGGACUUCUUCAUUGUCAUGGCGGGCAUGAUGGAGUACUCUCUGGACGGACACAACGUGAGCCUCUCUGCCAUCCGAACCGUGCGUGUGCUGCGGCCCCUCCGCGCCAUCAACCGAGUCCCCAGUAUGCGGAUCCUGGUCACUCUGCUGCUGGACACGCUGCCCAUGCUUGGGAAUGUCCUCCUCCUCUGCUUCUUCGUCUUCUUCAUCUUCGGCAUUGUUGGGGUCCAGCUCUGGGCUGGCCUGCUUCGGAACCGAUGCUUCCUGGACAGCGCCUUCGUCAGGAACAACAACCUGACCUUCUUGCGGCCAUACUACCAGACGGAGGAGGGUGAGGAGAACCCUUUCAUCUGCUCCUCCCGCCGUGACAACGGCAUGCAGAAGUGCUCGCACAUCCCCAGCCGCCGUGAGCUUCGAGUGCAGUGCACACUCGGCUGGGAGGCCUAUGGGCAGCCACAGGCUGAGGAUGGGGGUGCUGGCCGCAACGCCUGUAUCAACUGGAACCAGUAUUACAACGUGUGCCGCUCGGGGGAAUUCAACCCUCACAACGGUGCCAUCAACUUCGACAACAUUGGCUACGCUUGGAUUGCCAUCUUCCAGGUCAUCACACUGGAGGGCUGGGUGGACAUCAUGUACUACGUCAUGGAUGCCCACUCGUUCUACAACUUCAUCUACUUCAUCCUCCUCAUCAUUGUGGGCUCCUUCUUCAUGAUCAACCUGUGCCUGGUGGUGAUAGCCACACAGUUCUCAGAGACAAAGCAAAGGGAAAACCAGCUGAUGCGAGAACAGCGGGCCCGCUAUCUGUCCAACGACAGCACUCUGGCCAGCUUCUCAGAGCCCGGCAGCUGCUACGAGGAGCUCCUCAAGUAUGUAGGCCACAUCUUCCGGAAGGUUAAACGCCGUAGCCUGCGUCUUUAUGCCCGCUGGCAGAGCCGCUGGCGUAAGAAGGUGGAUCCCAGCAGUACCGUGCAUGGCCAAGGCCCUGGGCGGCGGCCACGACGGGCAGGCAGGCGUACAGCUUCAGUGCACCAUCUGGUCUACCACCACCACCACCACCAUCACCACCAUUACCACUUUAGCCACGGUGGCCCACGCAGGCCCAGCCCAGAGCCAGGUGCUGGUGACAACAGGUUGGUCAGGGCCUGUGCGCCACCCUCGCCGCCAUCCCCAGGCCAUGGGCCACCAGACUCUGAGUCUGUGCACAGUAUCUACCAUGCUGACUGCCACGUGGAGGGGCCGCAGGAACGAGCCCGAGUGGCACACUCCAUAGCCACUGCUGCUAGCCUCAAGCUGGCCUCAGGUUUGGGUACCAUGAACUACCCCACCAUCCUACCUUCAGGAACAGUCAACAGCAAAGGUGGCACCAGCUCACGACCCAAGGGGCUACGAGGUGCUGGCGCCCCAGGGGCUGCAGUACACAGCCCUCUGAGCCUGGGAAGCCCCAGACCCUAUGAGAAGAUCCAGCAUGUGGUGGGAGAACAAGGACUAGGCCGAGCCUCUAGCCACCUGUCAGGCCUGAGUGUGCCUUGCCCCCUGCCCAGCCCCCAGGCUGGCACGCUGACCUGUGAGCUGAAGAGCUGCCCAUAUUGUGCCAGCGCCCUGGAGGACCCCGAGUUUGAAUUCAGUGGCUCAGAGAGCGGGGACUCGGAUGCCCACGGAGUCUAUGAGUUUACCCAGGAUGUACGGCAUGGGGAUUGUCGGGACCCUGUGCAGCAGCCCCAUGAAGUGGGCACACCAGGCCACAGCAAUGAGCGGCGGCGGACACCACUGCGGAAGGCCUCACAACCAGGAGGGAUAGGCCACCUCUGGGCAUCCUUCAGUGGCAAGCUACGUCGCAUUGUAGACAGCAAGUACUUCAACCGAGGCAUCAUGGCAGCCAUCCUCGUCAAUACUCUGAGCAUGGGCGUUGAGUAUCAUGAACAGCCUGAGGAGCUGACCAACGCCCUGGAGAUAAGCAACAUCGUGUUCACCAGCAUGUUUGCCUUGGAGAUGCUACUGAAGCUGCUGGCCUGCGGCCCACUGGGAUACAUCCGGAACCCCUACAACAUCUUCGAUGGCAUUGUUGUCGUCAUAAGUGUCUGGGAGAUCGUGGGGCAGGCAGACGGUGGCCUGUCUGUGCUGCGCACCUUCAGGCUGCUGCGGGUGCUGAAGCUGGUGCGCUUCCUGCCGGCCCUGCGGCGCCAGCUCGUGGUGCUCAUGAGGACCAUGGACAACGUGGCCACCUUCUGCAUGCUCCUCAUGCUGUUCAUCUUCAUCUUCAGCAUCCUGGGCAUGCACCUGUUCGGCUGUAAGUUCAGCCUGAAGACAGACUCUGGAGACACCGUCCCUGACAGGAAGAACUUCGACUCCCUACUGUGGGCCAUCGUCACCGUGUUUCAGAUCUUGACACAGGAAGACUGGAACGUGGUUCUGUACAACGGCAUGGCCUCCACUUCGUCCUGGGCCGCCCUUUACUUUGUGGCCCUCAUGACCUUUGGGAACUAUGUGCUCUUCAACCUGCUGGUAGCCAUCCUGGUGGAAGGUUUCCAGGCAGAGGGUGACGCCACCAGAUCUGACACCGACGAGGAUAAGACGUCUACCCAGCUAGAGGGAGAUUUCGAUAAGCUCAGAGAUCUUCGAGCCACAGAGAUGAAGAUGUAUUCACUGGCAGUGACCCCUAACGGGCACCUAGAGGGCCGAGGCAGCCUGCCGCCGCCCCUCAUCACUCACACGGCAGCUACGCCUAUGCCUACUCCCAAAAGCUCCCCAAACCUGGACGUGGCCCAUGCUCUCCUGGACUCUCGGCGCAGCAGCAGCGGCUCUGUGGACCCCCAGCUGGGGGACCAGAAGUCUCUGGCCAGCCUCCGCAGCUCCCCUUGCACCCCAUGGGGCCCCAACAGCGCUGGGAGCAGCAGGCGCUCCAGUUGGAACAGCCUGGGCCGCGCACCCAGCCUCAAACGCCGCAGCCAGUGUGGGGAGCGCGAGUCCCUGCUCUCUGGAGAGGGGAAGGGCAGCACCGAUGACGAGGCCGAGGACAGCAGACCAAGCACGGGAACCCACCCAGGGGCCUCGCCAGGGCCCCGAGCCACGCCACUGCGGCGUGCCGAGUCAUUGGACCACCGCAGCACGCUGGACCUGUGUCCACCACGGCCUGCGGCCCUCCUGCCGACCAAGUUCCAUGACUGCAACGGGCAGAUGGUGGCCCUGCCCAGCGAGUUCUUUCUGCGCAUCGACAGCCACAAGGAGGAUGCAGCGGAGUUUGAUGAUGACAUAGAGGAUAGCUGCUGCUUCCGUCUACACAAAGUGCUGGAACCCUAUGCACCCCAGUGGUGCCGUAGCCGGGAGUCCUGGGCCCUGUAUCUCUUCCCACCGCAGAACAGGCUACGCGUCUCCUGCCAGAAAGUCAUCGCACACAAGAUGUUUGACCACGUGGUCCUUGUCUUCAUCUUCCUCAACUGUAUCACCAUUGCUCUGGAGAGGCCAGACAUUGACCCAGGCAGCACUGAGCGGGCCUUCCUCAGCGUCUCCAACUACAUCUUCACAGCCAUCUUCGUGGUGGAGAUGAUGGUGAAGGUGGUAGCCCUGGGACUGCUGUGGGGUGAACAUGCCUACCUACAGAGCAGUUGGAAUGUGCUGGACGGGCUGCUUGUCCUGGUAUCCCUGGUUGACAUCAUCGUGGCCAUGGCCUCAGCUGGCGGUGCCAAGAUCCUAGGCGUCCUGCGUGUGCUGCGCCUGCUGCGGACCCUGAGGCCUCUGAGGGUCAUCAGCCGAGCUCCAGGCCUCAAGCUGGUUGUAGAGACUCUGAUAUCAUCGCUCAGGCCCAUUGGGAACAUCGUCCUCAUCUGCUGCGCCUUCUUCAUCAUCUUUGGCAUCCUCGGGGUGCAGCUUUUCAAGGGCAAAUUCUACUACUGCGAGGGCACAGAUACCAGGAAUAUCACCACCAAGGCCGAGUGCCAUGCUGCCCACUACCGCUGGGUGAGGCGCAAAUACAACUUUGACAACCUGGGUCAGGCGCUGAUGUCUCUGUUCGUGCUGUCAUCUAAGGAUGGCUGGGUAAACAUCAUGUAUGACGGGCUGGAUGCCGUGGGCAUCGACCAGCAGCCCGUGCAGAACCACAACCCCUGGAUGCUGCUCUACUUCAUCUCCUUCCUGCUCAUCGUCAGCUUCUUCGUGCUCAACAUGUUUGUGGGCGUGGUGGUGGAGAACUUCCACAAGUGCCGGCAGCACCAGGAGGCUGAGGAGGCUCGGCGCCGGGAGGAGAAACGGCUGCGGCGCCUGGAGAGGAGGCGCAGGAGCACUUUCCCCAACCCAGAGGCCCAGCGCCGGCCCUACUACGCAGACUAUUCACACACUCGCCGCUCCAUCCAUUCGCUGUGCACCAGCCACUACCUGGACCUCUUCAUCACCUUCAUCAUCUGCCUCAAUGUCAUCACCAUGUCCAUGGAGCACUACAACCAGCCCAAGUCCCUGGAUGAGGCCCUCAAGUACUGCAACUACGUCUUUACCAUCGUCUUCGUCUUUGAGGCUGCACUGAAGCUGGUGGCCUUUGGGUUCCGGAGGUUCUUCAAGGACAGGUGGAACCAGCUGGACUUGGCCAUCGUCCUCCUAUCCAUCAUGGGCAUUGCGCUGGAGGAGAUUGAGAUGAACGCCGCCCUGCCCAUCAAUCCCACCAUCAUCCGCAUCAUGCGUGUGCUUCGAAUCGCCCGUGUGCUGAAGCUACUGAAGAUGGCCACAGGCAUGCGCGCCUUGCUGGAUACUGUGGUUCAAGCUCUGCCUCAGGUAGGGAACCUUGGUCUUCUUUUCAUGCUCCUGUUUUUUAUCUAUGCUGCCCUGGGAGUGGAGCUGUUUGGGAGGCUAGAGUGCAGCGAGGAUAACCCCUGCGAGGGCCUGAGCAGGCACGCUACCUUCACCAACUUCGGCAUGGCCUUCCUCACACUGUUCCGAGUGUCCACUGGGGACAACUGGAAUGGGAUUAUGAAGGAUACCCUCCGUGAGUGUACCCGUGAGGACAAGCACUGCCUCAGCUACCUGCCCGCGCUCUCACCCGUCUACUUCGUCACCUUCGUGCUGGUGGCUCAGUUCGUGCUGGUCAAUGUGGUGGUGGCCGUGCUCAUGAAGCACCUGGAGGAGAGCAACAAGGAGGCCCGCGAGGAUGCAGAGAUGGACGCCGAGAUCGAGCUGGAGAUGGCACAGGGGUCCACAGCCCAGCCCCCACCUACAGCACAGCCUCCCUCACCACAGGAAAGCCAAGGUACCCAGCCAGACACCCCGAACCUCCUGGUCGUGCGAAAAGUAUCUGUGUCCAGGAUGCUCUCGCUGCCCAAUGACAGCUACAUGUUCAGGCCGGUGGCUCCCGCGGCUGCCCCACAUUCCCACCCACUGCAGGAAGUGGAGAUGGAGACCUACACAGGCCCGGUCACCUCUGCUCACUCGCCACCCCUGGAGCCCCGCGCCUCUUUCCAGGUCCCAUCAGCCGCGUCCUCCCCAGCCAGGGUCAGUGACCCCCUUUGUGCCCUUUCACCCCGGGGUACACCCCGCUCUCUGAGUCUCUCACGGAUACUCUGCAGACAGGAGGCCAUGCACUCUGAGUCCCUGGAAGGGAAGGUUGAUGAUGUUGGAGGAGACAGCAUCCCAGACUACACAGAGCCUGCUGAAAAUAUGUCCACGAGCCAGGCAUCAACAGGUGCCCCGAGGUCCCCUCCGUGCUCCCCGCGACCUGCCAGCGUCCGUACCCGCAAGCACACGUUUGGGCAACGCUGCAUCUCCAGCCGCCCUCCCACCCUGGGAGGAGAUGAGGCUGAAGCAGCAGACCCAGCAGAUGAGGAGGUCAGCCACAUCACCAGCUCAGCCCACCCCUGGCCGGCUACAGAGCCCCACAGCCCUGAGGCCUCCCCAACAGCCUCUCCUGUGAAAGGCACAAUGGGCAGUGGGCGGGACCCACGCAGGUUCUGCAGUGUAGAUGCUCAGAGCUUCCUGGACAAACCAGGUCGGCCAGAUGCACAACGGUGGUCCUCAGUGGAACUGGAUAACGGAGAAAGCCACCUAGAGUCCGGGGAAGUGAGGGGCCGGGCCUCAGAGCUCGAACCAGCUCUUGGGUCACGAAGGAAGAAGAAGAUGAGCCCUCCCUGCAUCUCCAUUGAACCUCCCACUGAGGAUGAGGGCUCUUCCCGGCCCCCUGCAGCCGAAGGAGGCAACACUACCCUGAGGCGCCGAACCCCAUCCUGUGAGGCUGCCCUCCAUAGGGACUGCCCAGAGCCUACAGAAGGCCCAGGCACCGGAGGGGACCCUGUAGCCAAGGGUGAGCGCUGGGGCCAGGCCUCUUGCCGAGCAGAGCAUCUGACUGUCCCCAACUUUGCCUUUGAGCCUCUGGACAUGGGCGGACCUGGUGGAGACUGUUUCUUGGACAGUGACCAAAGUGUGACCCCAGAACCCAGAGUUUCCUCUUUGGGGGCUAUAGUGCCUCUGAUACUAGAAACUGAACUUUCUAUGCCCUCUGGUGACUGCCCAGAGAAGGAACAAGGACUGUACCUCACUGUGCCCCAGACCCCCUUGAAGAAACCAGGGUCUACCCCAGCCACUCCUGCCCCAGAUGACAGUGGAGAUGAGCCUGUGUAGAUGGGGCUGCGUGUCCACAGGGCUUUGGCAUUGAGGUUGUUGGCUCCCUGCAGGGUGGUAGGGCCAUGAGUGGACCCUGGCUUAGGCCCCACUAAGGCAGAGGGACCGGGAGAUAACCAUCCCAGGAGAGGCAGCAGACAUCCCGUCUCUGCACCAUGACACAGGAGCAGCCUCGGGCCCCACGAGCCUCCCUCGUGGUGAUUCAGGUUUGGGUUUUCCUGAGUUUUAACCACCACCAGAAGCUGUACCAGGACCAGGUCAUCAGUCUCAGGAGGAGAGGCUGUGUCCUGGGAAGGACCAGUAAUUCCUCACAGGCAGGAGGGCACCACAGCUCCAUCCAUGUGACACACAGGUUUCCGACAGGGAGUACAGGCUUGAGCCUGUGUACAUUGGGUCCUGCAGCCACCGCACCCAAUAUCACCUUCGUUCACAGUCCUGUUUCUGUCCACCACUCGGCAUCCUUCCCUCUCACAGUGCCCCUCCCCCAUUCCAUCCCCUUAGAUGGUCUAGAACUUUGCAGUGACCCUGGGAAGUACUGACCCAUGCAAUAAGACAUUGCAGUCCCAACUGAGGUGGGGCUUCCCAUCCAUUCCAGGCUGUUGGGCUCAACAUUCAUUUGACAUCCAUUUGCUUUAUGUCAUCCGUUUCUACAAAUUCAGGUUAAAUGUUGCAAUAAUCUGAUGCAGAAAACUUGGCUUCCUAAGUCAAAGCUGAGGGGAGGGGAGGGGAGGGGCAAGGCAAAUCUGAAUAAACACUAACUUAUUUAAGAAAGACA